ACACGGCCGCCCUCCACUCUCCCGCCUUCCAAGCGGGGGCUGUUCCUUAGAUCAGGCUCUGCCCCCCCCGGGGGGGAUUGAGAGGCGGGGGCACAGAGACUGUCCCGGCCAGCGCUGAUCUCGAGCUCCGAUUGGCCGCUGUCUACGCUGACGUCACGAUCAUGAUGAGAAUUAAUGAUCGGAGGCGCUGAUUUCAUUGUGUGACGCCGGGACCGACCCAGCCGAAACCGGCUGAAUUCGGAGCCCUGGGCCCCCCCGGACCAGCCCCGCCUGCCCCACAGAGCACGAUGAAUCUGCGUUCUGUAUUUACUGCAGAACAACAAAGGAUAUUGCAGCGUUAUUAUGAAAAUGGAAUGACAAAUCAGAGUAAAAAUUGCUUUCAGCUCAUAUUACAGUGUGCACGAGAAACUAAGCUGGACUUCAGUGUAGUCAGGACCUGGGUUGGCAACAAAAGAAGGAAGAUGAGCAGCAAGAAUGUUGUGGAUUCUGGAGGCACCCCAUCAGGGACUGUUGCCAGCACGUCGAACAUGCCUCCAGGAACGAGUGUCCGAAGCCUAGCCAACCUUGCUUCCCCCCAAACCCAACAGGCAUCUUGGUCAUCCUCCAACAACGAUGUCAUGGUAACUGGUGUAUACACCCCAGCCAGAUCUUCUCACAGGCUGGUGUCCACUAAGCAGUCCAAUGUAUCGGUGAGUGAUCUGCAUAAAAAUUCUCUUCAAAGGCCACAAACAAAAAGUGAACCUGAUUUUCAGCGGCAGCAGAUUGCAGUGGCACAGCAAGCCCCCCACUGUAAAAAUGCUUCUCUGUUCCUGGGCGAAAAGACUAUUAUCCUUUCAAGGCAAACAAGUGUGUUAAAUUCAGCAAAUUCUAUUUAUGACCAUGCUAAGAAAAGCUAUGGUGGUUCUUCAGUUCAGACUGCAGAGUUGGUUUUACCUCAGAAGCCCAUGUUGUGCCACAGACAAAGCAAAGUGGAACAGAUGGGAUGUCAAAGGUUACAAAAACCGGAGCAUCCAAUCCUUGCCUCACAUGUGCCAUCUGGGCAAAGGGCCAGCAUUAGAGAUCCUUCCUGCAGCACGCAUAAUGUGGAAAUUCGAGAGGUUUUUUCCUUGGCUGUAACCGAUCAACCACAGAGAAUCCUGGGAGGAAAUGCUCAGAAGCCAUCAUCCUCUUCUUCUGUAGAUGGCAGUUAUUUGUCCAUUGCCAUGGAAACUGGGGAUGUCGACGAUGAGUAUGCUAGAGAGGAAGAAUUGGCAUCAAUGGGUGCCCAGAUACAGAAUAACCCCCAGCUAAGGGGCACAUCCCUCAUGGUGGAGAACCCAGGCACAGGUCUGCCAGGGUCAGGCAGAAGUGUUGGCUGCAGUUCACACUUGGUUAAUUCCAGGGACUUGCACAACAGUACCCCAUAUCAUAACAGAGACUACCGCUUGCCUCCACGUACCUCCUUGCAUACUAUGUCCAGCACACUAUAUAGCAGUUCUUAUCCAUCAAGAAGUAAUCUGUCUUCUCAUUCUGCAGCUUCCAAUCAACGAAGGCUGUCUCAAAACCAAAAUAAUUACCAGAUUUCAGGAAAUCUUCCUGCGCCUUGGACUAUGGGGAGUUCACGAAAAAGAGCACUGCAGGACCGUACACAAUUCAGUGACCGGGAUAUAGCUACCCUUAAGAGAUACUGGGACAGGGGCAUGACGAGCCUUGGUGCGAUUUGCAGGGAGAAAAUUGAAGCAGUCGCUGCGGAGUUAAAUGUUGACUGUGAAAUAGUACGGACUUGGAUUGGGAAUCGAAGACGAAAAUAUCGUCUAAUGGGAAUUGAAGUCCUCCCACCUCUAGGUGGCCCUGCUCUUUUCCCCAAUCAAUCUGAUUCCAGCAGUAGAUCAAUAACCAUUCCAGAAGAUGAUGCUUCGACAGAUGUUGGAGAUGAUAAUGACAGGAAUGAUGAAGUUUCAAUAUGUUUAUCAGAAGGAAGCUCACAAGAAGAACAAAGUGAAGUUCUUCAGAAUGAAGACACUGGCCACAGAGAAGAGGACCAGGCUACUGUAACUGACAUAAAUGGGACAAUACAAAUCAUAGACGAUGAAGAAGAUGGUAUGAUAAGUGAAAUAGAACAAUUGAGUUGUCUUCUGGAAUUCAAAACCCAAGAAGUAAGGUUCGUUGAAGAAGAUCUGGAGCAUGAAAAGAAGAAAUAUUUGGAGCUACAGGCUUUCACUAGGCGUUUGGUACUUGCUAUCAAAAUGGAUGAUAAAGAACAGCAGCAGGCACUUCUGGCAGACUUGCCUCCAGAAUUAGAAGAGGUGGAUUUCAAUCAUUCAUUUCCGGAACCUGAUGAUACCUCGUUCAGCUUGUCGUCUUCAUCCGAGAAAAACGCCUCGGACAGUUUGUGAUCUUUGAUGCAAUGCAAUGUACUUGCCUAAUCUGUAUGUUUUGAACAAAUUGCAUUUUGUUGGCCAGUACCCUUGAAUAUGAAGGUGGGGGGUAGGGGUGGAGGUGGGAAGGGACAUUAGCAGCCUCAUUAACUGGGGGAGGUAGGUGGUAGCGACAAAUUCAUAAUUUUGUUUUUUUUGUUUUUUUUGGUGAAUGUGAAAGCUACUUGAGAAAAAUACACUAUGGUUCUAGCAUCUAUGCCUUGGUUAUUGUACCUUUUUAUUCAUUACUGACCUGCGUCGGUAACAAAGCCCUCCUCUGAGCAGGGCAAUAAGUAAGAAUGGAGGGAAAGUUGUGAAUUAUACUAACAAUUCAACCAUAAUUUCCUAACCUAGCCCACUAGUCCUGUUCAAUGCCUUCGCUCCCUUGCCCCUCCUCAGGUAGGUUAGCAGGUCACUGGAAAUUAAGGCCUUCAGGAGAUGAGUGAAUAAAAGUUGGGCCCUCACUAAAACGACGAUGGUGAUUCCAAACAAGGGAUCAAGCUAAAGAAGCUUGCAAUUGUACUUAACAGCGAAUCAUUGCUUCUUCUCUCUUCUCCACCUAUCUCCAAUGCCUGAAAAAUUAUUGGAAGAGUAAAGCUAGCUAUCUUAAUUGAUUUCAGUAAAUUGUAUUGUGCAUAGUGGCAGAUGGAAAUCCUGAACAAAAGUAGUUGGCUUUUUUUUUAAAGGAAUGCCCAAAUGCUGGGAAAAGCAACCAUUUCCAGAAGCCCCAAAACUCUCUUCCAUGGUACAUAGUGAGAGUGUGUGGCAAUAACACUGGAGAAGUCACAAAGGAAAGCAUGUACAAAAAUCCAGAAUUUGCAUUUGACUUCUGUAGCUUAUUUACAUGACCAAGCCUCAGCUGAAGGCUGCCCAGAAGAUGCUUUUGUAGUUCACAGGAGAGCCUUCUCCUUGGUUAAGACACAGAAUCAACAGACGGGGGGAGAGCUUGGGAACCUGAGGACUGAGAGAACUGUUGAUAAAUGAUGUUACCAAUGGAAGUACUCCCUGGCAUUGCUAUUUAGAGCAGCUGCUCAAUUCAAAUAUGAAUUAGCCUAGAUUCCCCCCCCCCCCAAU